AUGGCAAAUCUUCUUGCUGCAAAUGACUUCUUUCUUGAUAACAUCCGUGGAUGUACAACUCUCAGUACGGUGCUGCCAAAAGUUGUCACGGUUGGAAUUGACUUUGGAUGCAAGAAUUCAAGAGUUGCGAUCAUAGAUUCCUUGGUACGCAAGCUGUACAGUAACGCGUUCAUAUUUGUUCAGUUUAGUUUUAAUAACCUCAUGUUUUUGGAAGACUACUUGAUGAAAGUUAAUGAUGGAAGGUACCGGAGGUUAUCGACAGUGAAGGUGCUCAUAGGCCCUGCAUCUUGGAGAUGCAAGGAGGGCUCAUUUUGUGGAGAUGCCAAAAGGUCCUGCUCUCCAAUCUCCAUCCUCGCCGCCGCCGCCGCCGCAGCCACCAUCGCGUGCAGACCAGGGGUGGGCAUCCCGCCCAAGCCACUCCCAAGCUGCCGCGCGUACGUGGUCCAGCAGACCUGCAAAGACACCCAGCAGACCACGCCGGGCAAAGUGGCCUCCAAGGAUCCAUGCUGUCGGGAGCUGGAAGCCGUCUCGGAAGAAUGCCGAUGCACCGCGAUGGAGGACUUCAUGCAAGGGAUGCUCCGCUUGGAGGGCGUUCCUGAGGGGUGCACUAGAAAGGACCUGUGGGAGUUCACCAUGUCUCUCGUCAAGCCGGAGACGUGCAACCUGAAGACCAUCACUGGCGGCCCGUACUGCGGCCUCCCUCCUAGCAAUGAUGCCCGUCUCGCCGACGGUGUGCUAGAUGUGUAGUUAAGCAUGUGACGGAAUGACGGAUGGUUCAUGAAUAAGCGUGUAAAUUGCGCAUGAAUAUAUAGUAGAAUCCUCGUGGGUUCAAAA